AUGGCAACGGUGUUCCCGCAUCCAGCACCUGGCGAUCCUGUAAUAGGCUAUCAGCUGUCGGAAGUUUCACCAUUACCACCACAACCUAUAUCCAUUUUACCUACACCAUUACCUGUAAUACCACCACCCCAAGGAACUGUAUAUUUUCAACCCCCAUAUAUUUUCCAAAGCGGUUUACUGCAACCGAUAUUUUGCGAACAACCGAAUGUUCCACCGUCGCUCGAAAAUACUACAAGGGAAGGUCCGACAAGUAAUAAUGCUGGCACGGUGCAAGAAGCGGCAUCGGAAUUGUCACCAAAUCCGGUUUUCUAUCCACCGCCACCGCUUUCUAUUCCUUUUCCGCCUCCGGUGCAUCCUUUUUCACUUUUUAGCCCUUAUAUACGUCCUAAUCCAGUCCUUUUUGUCUUAUCACCAUUCCCUGAAACUUCCGCUCCUGGUAAUCCACUGCCACCAUUACCACCUUCUUUGACGUCGGUUUGUUCAAAAUCAUCACCAGUUCUACCGCCAUUAUCAUCUUCAUUUGCUUCUGCACCGUACCAGAGUUGGCCGACAACUAAUCCUACAUCGCAGAGUCCAACUGUAAGAAUGACACCGAGAAAGGAUAGCAUUUUAUCGACGGGUACUAACCAAUCGUCAUUCAAGUUUUCUGGGAAUGAUGACUGCAGAAAUUUCCAGAGGGACAAUGCUAAUCGGAGUGAAUUAAUAUGUCGGAAUAGGUCAGGUCCAUUAUUGAAUAACUACCGCACUAAGCUUUGCAUUAACUUCAAGAAUGGUCACUGCCCUUACGGAGAUAAGUGUCGAUUUAUUCACCAGCAAGGAUCGGAUAGUGUAAUCAAAACAAAAUUUUCCACAAAUGCUCCUGCAUUCGUGCCAAGAGCUAAUGCAAUGGUCGCUAAACCGAACAGUCCAUCUGCUUCAUUGGAUAUGGUCCCACCGAAUCGUUUAUACAGUUCGACACCUGUAUCAUUGCUGGCAAAAGGCCAGAGCAGUGGCCUGGAUGUAAAGGAGAGGCCAACUACGCCAACAGGGCGACGAGUAUCAUAUCGGCAAGAUUUCAGUGCUGGUUAUCGACGACCAUCUGUGGCUGACGGGCCUCAUCCUUUGCCUGCAUGUUGA